UGGUUAGGAAGUGGGCUAAGUGAUUACAUCCGAGCCAACCACUUAGCAACCACCUCGGUGAUCCAAGUUCUCCCCAGGGCGGUGCGGGGGUGAGAACCUGGGCGGCCGAGGGGAAGGCGGGGCGCUCAGCACUUCGCUGGGCGCGGGAGGCCUGGGCCCCACGCCGCGAAGCAGGCGCUCGGACCUCGAUCCACGGACCUCGAGCCUCGGUGCUGAGUCCUCGGAUCUACGGCCUCGGGCCUCGAUCUUGGUACCUCGAUCUUGCAGACUCGAUCCUCGGGCCUUGCCUCUCGGCGGCCCUCGGCGUCCCGCCCGGGGAUGGCCGCGCUGCUGGCGCCGGCACCGGUGCUUUCGCGGGGGCUGCUCUCGUUCGCGCUCGGGCAGCUGGUGUCCCUGCUGAUCACGGGCUCGAGCGUAUGUUCGACGCUGCUGGCGAACGGGGGGAUCGACGUCCCGGUGACGCAGUCCACCUAAACUACCUGGCGCUGUCUCUGCACCUGCCGUUGGCGCUGCGGGGAGGGAGGCCAUUGGCGGCACCUUCGUGGCAGUACGCCUUGUGGGCUUUCUGCGACGUGGAGGCGAACUACCUGGUCGUGGCGGCGUUCCAGUACACCUCCAUCGUGUCGGUCACUCUGCUGGACUGCUUUGCAAUACCGAGCGCCAUUGCCUGUUCAUUCUUUAUCCUCCGCGUGCGCUACGGCCCGCGCCACGUCGCAGCGUGCUGCGUCUGCGUAGCAGGACUUGCCACCGCCGUGUUCUCCGACGUAGUUGUUGGGAGGGUUGGCCCUAGUCCGAGGGGGCCGGCGUGGAUUGGCGAUGUUUUGGUUUUGUGUGGUGCUAGUCUGUACGGGCUGUCCAACGUGAUGCAGGAGCGGCUGCUGAAGGGCGGCUGCAGCCGUCCAGAGGCACUGGGGAUGCUGGGCGCUUGGGGGUCCGCGAUCUCGUUCGUGCAGGCGGUGGCCCUGGAGCGCGGGGCCCUGGCGCGGAGCAACUGGAACGUACCAGCCUGGAAACUAUCCCAAUACAUACGACUGGCAUCGCCUUAUCACGAUGCCGAUCUUAGGAAUCCCGUCAGUUUCUGAGGGCGCAUCCUUAAGAUUGUCAUCGCAUGUUGGCUUGUCGAUCUUGGGGAAGGGGAUGAGCUCGAGGCUGGUUAGGAAUUCCCAGACGGUGGCAUGCUUCUUCGGCUACCAGCUCUGCAUGUGCGCCGUCUACGUGCUGACAAGCCUCUUCUUCACGAUGGCGGACGCCGCCCUGUUCAACCUGUCGCUGCUGACCAGCGAUUUCUACAGCGCGCUGUUCGCGUGGCAGGUGCAGCACGGGAGGAUGUCGUGGUUGUACGGUGUGGCGUUCUGCCUGUCACUGGGAGGGCUCGGCAUCUAUCCAGCUGCCUGCGGCAAACCCUGCCACCGCGCUAGGGCAGCAGCGAAGCUUGCAUGAUUUGGAG